GCUGUACAUCCGGGAUGCGUCCCGUGUGUACAGCCAUAUGUAGGCGUCUCUCAUGCUUUAGUUAAUUGCUCUGAAAGAAUGACUGUAUAGUACCCGUUGAAGAGAGUACCUACUUUUGGCUAUACGCUCGCUAACUUUUUGGUCCCUUGUUAAGAGACGCCUGCUGGCCACUAAAGCAUUGGUAUUUUAGGCGGUUGUUCAUAAUUUCACACCAUGGGUCUAAUGGAGAAACUAUCUUCGUGGCUCGGAGGCCCAGCCGCGGGCAAGGAGAUCACGAUUCUGGUGCUAGGGUUGGACCACAGCGGGAAGACGUCCCUCCUUAACGCCUUGCGUCCACCCGACCGGAAAGUCACCUCGGAGCCUACACUCGCUCCCCGACAAGACAACUUUACCUUUGGCGGAAUAUCAGUGGUCGCCGUGGAAGCGGGUGGAGCUCGACGAGUGCGGGCACUGUGGGAGCGCCAGUACGCAGCGGCUAGUGGAGUGCUUUGGGUGGCGGAUGCUGCAGACGCUCUCCGACUUGCGGUCGCCCGAGAUGAGAUGCAGCUUAUGCUGGAGCACCCAGCGAUGCGCGCGCGACGACUGCCACUGCUGGUCUGUGCCAACAAGGCUGACUUGCCGCACGCCCUGCCACCCGCCCAAGUCGCAGCCGCACUGGGUCUGGAGCGCGUGACGGACAAGCCCUGGCACGUUUGUGCCACGAGCGCGGUGUCCGGAGAGGGACUCACCGACGGCCUCGCCUGGCUGACCCGCCAACUCAGAGACCUCCACACUGACAACUGAAACCUGCGAUCUUAGUCAUCACUCGGUGGAACAAGUGUCUUUUAACAGAAAUAGAUUUUUAUAUUUUUCUUAUAAUUAAGAACACUAUAAUAAACCUACGCUAGAUUU